UCAAUAUAUAUAUAUAUUUUCCUCGGAGACGCCACCGAUUUUGACAAGCUGAAGAACGAAGCUGAAAGCAGGAACGUUCUCGUCUGGGUAAUCAAUUUUGUCAAUAAACAUAUCGCUAAUUCUUCAGUGAUUCGUUAAUGGCAGCUCUCCGAUUCUUCCUCCUCAUUCUUCUUUCCAGUUUCGCUCUCUUUCGUUUCGUCUCUGCCCAGAAUCCUUCAGGUUUCAUCAGUUUAGAUUGUGGGCUUCCGGCGAAUUCCACAUACACAGAGCCAAACACCGGAAUAAUCUACGAAUCCGAUGCGUCCUUCAUUAAUUCCGGUGAAAUCAACAACGUUUCCGCUGAUAACAUAAACAGUGGCUUGAAACAGCCGUUGUGGAGUCUGAGGAGCUUUCCGGAAGGAAUUAGAAAUUGCUACAAAUUGAAAGUGAGGAACGGGACGAAGUAUUUGAUUCGAGCUGUGUUUCGGUACGGAAAUUACGAUGGUAGAAGGAAUCUGCCUGAAUUUAAUCUGUAUUUUGGAGCGAAUUUUUGGGACUCGGUUGCAUUUAAAGGAGAUUUCACAGUGAGGAAGGAGAUUGUGCAUAUAGUUUCAUCAAGUGAUGUGCAAAUCUGUGUUGUGAAUAAUGGAACUGGAACUCCGUUCAUUUCUGCUUUGGAAUUAAGGCCUCUGGAAGACACUGUAUACGAGACUGGAUCUUUGACAGUAGCUAGUUUCGUACGCCUUGACUACGGCACCCUUGAUAAUCAAACUAUCAGGUAUAAAGACGAUGUCUACGAUCGAAUCUGGGAUCCACCAGUUCCUAUUCGAGGAUGGACAACUAUAAACACUUCGGAGAAAGUUUCCGUCGACGAUCCACUCUUCUUCCAGCCGGCUCCGGCGGUUAUGAACACAGCGGCGACACCGAGUAACGAAAGCGCUCCGAUGGCGUUCUUUUGGCAGCCGCCGGAUUUGACGACGGCGUUUUUCGUGUACAUGUAUUUUGCGGAGCUAAAGGUGCUUGGAGCGAAUGAAUCUAGAGAGUUCGACGUAUUUCUGAACGGAAAACGGUGGCAUAAUGAAUCGCUUUCUCCCAGGUAUUUAGAGGAAUUGGUGUUUUUCAGUACCGCGCCUCUGACCGGCGGGAACUACCAGAUCUCCUUCGUUAGAACUCCCAAUUCAACUCUUCCACCCAUUCUCAAUGCUCUUGAGGUUUAUCGAGUUCUUAAUUUCUCGCAAUCAGAGACCAGUGGGGAAGAUGUUGUCGCCAUUGAAAACAUCAAGGCGAUUUAUGGAGUUAAAAGAAACUGGCAAGGAGAUCCCUGUGCCCCAAGGGAGUUCAUUUGGCAAGGACUCAACUGUAGCUUUCUGAAUUUUGAGCCUCCCAGAAUCAUAUCCUUGAAUUUAUCCUCAAGUGGACUGACAGGGGAAAUACCUCGAGAGAUAGAAAAUCUUAAAAUGCUGGAGACUCUAGAUCUAUCAAACAAUAGUUUGAGUGGACCAGUGCCUGAUUUUCUCGCUCAAUUGCCAUUCUUGCGAGUGCUAAUCUUGGAAAGAAACAAGCUUUCAGGACUAAUUCCGGCCCAGCUCGUAGAGAAGUCCAAUAAUGGCUCUCUGACAUUAAGAUUUGGUGACAAUCCAAAUUUGUUUGCUACGGCUCCACGCAAAAGAAAUAUUGUUGUUCCUGUAGUAGCAUCAGUUGUUGGAUUUUUUCUGCUUUCGUUCUUAAUUGCAGCGGCUAUCUUUUGGAGGACAAAAAGAAGAAAAUCAAAAGGAACUGAACUGGGAGACGUGAAACAAACUGUUGAUAUAUCUCAAAAUUGGGACACGACCAAGAGAUGUUAUUCAUACUCGGAUGUCCUAAGAAUGACAAACAAUUUCGAGCGUAUGCUUGGAGAAGGUGGCUUUGGAAGAGUUUACUAUGGGAAAAUAGAGAACGCUGAAGUAGCUGUCAAAAUGCUGUCUCCUCGAUCAGUUCAAGGGUAUCAACAAUUUCAAGCAGAGGUUGAACUUCUUAUGAGGGUUCACCAUAGAAACCUGACUGGACUCGUUGGGUAUUGCAAUACGCCAGCCUACAAAGGACUUAUCUACGAGUACAUGGGCAGAGGGAACCUAGGAUCUCUCAUGUCAGAUGGCAAGUCAGCUUUAUUGAACUGGGUAGACAGACUUCAUAUAGCAGUUGAUGCAGCACAAGGAUUGCAAUACUUGCAUUCUGGUAUAAAGCCAGCCAUUGUACAUAGAGAUGUAAAAUCUUCCAACAUCUUGUUGGAUGACAACUUUCGGGCAAAAGUAUCUGAUUUUGGCUUGUCGAGAAUUUUUCCUGUCGACGAUAGUGCCACUCAUGUCACAACCAAUGUCGUCGGCACUCCUGGUUACCUUGACCCUGAAUACUACACAUCUUAUAGAUUAAAUGAAAAAAGCGACGUUUAUGGCUUUGGAAUUGUUCUUCUAGAAAUUAUAACUGGGAGACCAGUUUUGACAAAGACUCAAGACAAUGUAACUCAUAUCUAUCAAUGGGUCGAUUCAAUGGUUUCUCAAGGUGAUAUCAGUUCCAUCAUCGAUCCAAAAUUGAAAGAAGAUUUCGAGGUGAACACCAUUUGGAAAGCGGUUGAAAUAGCAAUGUCGUGUGCGUCUCCUGUGCCUACAAAUAGGCCAACCAUGAGCCAAGUUGUGAUCGAUUUGAAUGAAUGUUUGAAAAUGGAGUUAGCUCAGAGCAACAACAAUCAUCAACCUGAAUCCGUAGUUGAAGAUCAUGUUUCUCUGUUUCAUCCAGAAGCAAGGUAGAUAACUAACCAUCAUUGCAUUGUCAGGUAAUUUCUUAUGUAUCAUACGGAGGUUCCUUAAAUUUUGUACAUGAAAAAAAUCAUCGUCACAUAUACCAUUCUUUUUAUUAAUCUCUCAACUAGCUAGCUAGAACUAGAACCAAUUUUUUAUUUGUAUUUAUUUGUUAAAAGGUCAUUCAUUUAUUUUUUUUAUUGAUAGGAUGGUUUACAUACAACCUUGUAUAAGUAAACUAAAUCAUAGACGAAUAAUGUUCUGAAUUCGUUCUUUCAAUGUACAUGCUAUUGGAUAUUAUCAUUCCAAAA